CGUUGCUUACGCAAAAAGAAAACUUUUCGGAUCGUGGCUAACAGUAUGUCACUUCUUUUUGAAGCAACUUUUUACUUUUUUGUGGUAAUAUAACGAGGAAAAAACGGUGUCGAAGGCUCAAGUUAUCUGCUUUGUUCGAGAAAAUCCUCAUAAGUGGGCAAUGGCGCGGGAACCUUGCGUUCCAAAAUCGGUGUGUGCAUGGCGUAGGUGAUGAUCGGUGUUUGUACAUGUGGCAUGGUGUUUAUAGCGUACAAGAAGAUUUACAUACCUUGCUGGAUUGGCCAGCUCGUCGGUUUUUGGAUACGAGCUGUGUCGUGAGCCGCCAUGAGGCGUAUUAGCGUUGGCGGCAUGAACCGGCCGUCCAAAGCUGUCACCCAGGCGAAGAAAGUGGCACCACCGGCUGUACCCGACGUAUUUCGACACUCUGGUUCCUCCUUUGGCUCUGCUGGAUAUGCGAGUAGCGAAGAUAGCUGUUUUCUUCCGGGAAAUGGACCAGGCGGAACUACAGAUGAGGGUUCUUACGGAGUGCCAUCUGGAAAGAGUCCGGGGCCUAUUUUUACUCACCCCGGUUUUGCCUUUCCACCAGUCGUCGGCAAAUAUACCCAUGCUGAAGAUCAAGGAAUCGACAUGACUCAAAGCCCCGGAAGAGAUAGCCCAGGUAGUUCAGGAUCAGGUUCUGGUUCCAGGCAUUCUACCGCUUCAUUAGAUUCUGGAAGAGCCUCCGGGUAUCAUCUGGGUCCUAGAGGGCCUGGUGCUCUUGCUUCAUCUCCCAGGUGUUCUAUAAGCUCCCUUGGCAGCCAUCCUGACAGACCGGCUGAUCUCGACGUCGUUCACGCUUGGCUAACUGAACUCCAAUUCGAAGAAUACUUUCCAUUGUUUGCUUCCGCUGGUUAUGAUCUUGCUACUAUAACGCGUAUGACGCCAGAAGAUUUGACAGCAAUAGGAAUUAAGAAGCCCAAUCAUCGAAAACGCUUGAAAGCGGAAAUAGAUAAUUUAAAUAUAGGAGAUGGGUUGCCUGAGCACAUUCCUGGUUCGUUAGAAGAGUGGCUCAGGCUUCUGCGACUCGAAGAAUAUCUUGGUGCUCUUCAUCAACAGGGUAUGCGCUCAGUUGAAGAUGUAACAACUCUCACUUGGGAAGAUCUCGAAGAUAUUGGUAUUGUACGUCUUGGUCAUCAAAAGAAAUUAUUGCUGGCAAUUAAGAGAGUCAAGGAUAUCCGUGCGGGCAAACGUAUACAACCACUUGAUCUUGCACGACUACCGCCACAUCCUGGUCAAUCACAAGAUGUAGUUAUUCAACGAGGAGGUCCUGACUUGCCAUCUCCCGAUGAGGAUUGUUCAUCACCUGUUUUGAGGUCUUUUCAGAGGGGAGGAAGUGAUACCACGUCUGGAACUGCGUGGAGGAGUAUGUACGCUGCUUUACCAACCGAUUAUAAUAUUGUUGGGCGAGCUGGUCCACGAGGAAAGUCUUUAGAAAGCUUAGAGGAUGCACCCCUUGGGUAUCCUCCAUCACCAGCACCUUCUACACAUCCACAGUCAAUUGAAUGGCGCCCACGUAGUUUCGAAGAUGGUGACCUGACUCCUACAAAUGAUACUUCCGUAAUGGACGCAGGUGGUGGAACUCUUCCACGACCAAGACAUUGCCUUGUUCGUCCACGACCUGUAGCCAAGGUUACUGCGACUCCGGGCCAAUUCAAAUCAUUACCAAGAGACUUCGAUAACAAGUAUCAAUUAACUUACGGGCUUGAAAGUAGUCCACAUCUUCCGAAACGUUGUCCUCCAUCUCCACCAAGGCGCCAAAGCUCCAGAGACAACAGCGUCAGUGUUGGAGGACCGAGUGUUGGCGAUGUUGUGAUAGAUUGUAGCGGACCAGUACCAACUGCUUCUUGCGAUGAACAUCAUAUACAUCAUCAUCAUCAUCUGAUUCAUCAUCCUUCUCCUCCACCACCCGCACCUGCACCAGUGCCAUCGACUCCACCACAAAUGAAUCGACCACCCUCUUCUAUGUCUCGUUCCUGGGGUAGUGUCAGUGUCAAUGUUAACGAAGAACAUGAAUUAAUAGCUUCUCUUGCUUUGCAACACCGUAACGGUUCUGAUGCCAGUUUCAAGUCAAGUUCCAGUACAGAAUCAGAUUCACUCCCGUUUGCAAAUGAAAAUGCUGGGACGAUAAAGCAGAGAGCUGCACGUGCACAGGAAUAUGCAAGUAAUAAUACUAGCAACAAUAUUCAAAGUCAUGGAAUAAGCCAUCAUUCUACUGGUAGCGAACCAGCGGAUGUAUUGAACGACAUUGGAAACAUGCUUGCUAAUCUUACCGAUGAACUUGAUGCUAUGCUCGAAGAAGAAAAGCGUCAAGGCUUGAAUUCAUAAUCAUUUCUAUCAUCGUUUACAUUUUUUUUUCAAUUACCAGCAUUAUUAUGAGAAACGCAACUUAAGUAACAAAAACAUAGAUUUCUCACGCUAUGACGUAUAACAUGGUAGAUCAUCAGCGCAUA